AUGGCGGCUAUGGCCGCCCCAAUCAGCGGUCCCACCCAGAAAAUCCACUGCAGAAAACAACCCUCAACAGCAAGGUGUUCGACGAAAUGCGCGUCUGAGAGAAAACACAAAAAUAAAUACCUGAUCGUCCCAUGCCUUGUCCUUCCCGUAAAUCACGGCAGCCCCAAAGCUCCUUGCCGGGUUUAUUCCGGUUCCGGUGAUCGGGAUCGUGGCCAGGUGGACCAUGAACACGGCAAACCCAAUGGGAAGUGGCGCCAGGACCUUGUAGACAAGAACAAAAGUGCCGAUAAUCUCUGCCGCCAGGCCUGUGCCGGUGCUGUAGCCGGCCGCCAGCGAGUUUGCGCCUCCACCAUAUCUCGUGUAGCUUUCACGAACCCACAUCCGCAUAUGGCCCCCAAGCACUGUGCCACUAUAUACAGCACGGCCCGAAUGAGAGAUACCUUUUGGGCCAAGAACAGCCCGAAUGUCACUGCAGGCUGUGCAGUAAACGAGUACGAAGAUCAUGCCGCCAAAGGCCCAAGCAAUACCGAGAAUGCCGACUCCACCACACUCAUCGGCUGCACUCUGGAUUCUGUAACCGAUCACCGUCAAAACCGUAACAUAUAA